ACCUCUAGCUUGCAAUCCUUUGUGCAUAUCGCCUAGAAUUCUGCAAUCAACAUGGCUACUACACUGAAAGACUUUGAGAGCGUGUGGCCGCGCAUUGUGGCCGACCUGCAAGACCACUGCAAAGGCUACAACCUGCCACAAAACUGUCUUGACUGGUUCACAAAGUCAUUAAGCUACAACACAAUCGGUGGAAAAUGUAAUCGUGGCAUGUCUGUUGUGGACACCACGUCUAUCCUCCAGAACAAGACCCUUGAACCGGGUUCGGAAGAGUACUUCCGCGCUGCACUCCUGGGAUGGAUGAUCGAAUUCCUCCAGGCCUUCUUCUUGGUGUCGGACGACAUCAUGGAUUCAUCCAAGACCCGUCGUGGAAACCCAUGCUGGUACCUUGCACCCAAAGUUGGCAUGAUCGCUCUCAACGACUCCUUCAUGCUAGAGGCGUCCAUCUACAUCCUUCUCAAGAAGCACUUCCGUCAGGACAAGAGCUACAUUGACAUGGUUGAACUAUUCCAAGAAGUCACCUUCCAAACCGAGUGCGGCCAACUGUGCGAUCUAAUCACUGCGCCCGAGGACGACGUCGACCUUGACAAGUUUAGCUUGGAGAAGUUCACCUUCAUCGUCAUUUACAAGACUGCAUACUACUCCUUCUACCUCCCCGUGGCACUAGCGCUCUACUACACUGGCGCAGCAACACCCAAGAACCUCAAGACGGCCGAAGACAUCCUGAUCCCAAUGGGAGAGUACUUCCAGGCCCAAGACGACUACCUCGACGCUUUCGCUGACCCCAAGGUUCUCGGCAAGAUUGGCACCGACAUCAUGGACAACAAGUGCUCAUGGCUUAUCAACCAAGCACUGAAGAAAGUCACCCCUGAGCAACGCAAGAUUCUUGAUGAGAACUACGGCCAGAAGGAUUCCCAAAAGGAAGCCAAGGUCAAGGAGCUGUACCACCAACUGAAGCUCAAUGAGUUUUACGAGCAGUGGGAAGAGGAGCGCGUCGCUGAUCUGAGAGCCAAGAUCGCAAAGGUAGAUGAGAGCGAGGGCCUCAAGAAGGAGGUCUUUGAGGUAUUCCUGCAGAAGAUCUACAAGAGGAGCAAAUAAGUUGCUUUGAUGUUGUAGCUCAAGAAAGUGGUUACCAUUCACUAAUGAAUUACCCGUAAUUUCAAACUAUCUUCUUCAUCGUUU